AUCACUCCGUUUGACUAUAGCCAAAGUGGAAGUUGACACUGUCCAUACAAAGGUGUGUCGCUGUUUACGUUUACAAUAUGGCAGCCACUAGUUCGGUCAUUAUGGAUGGAACAGAAGAGGUGAUAAAUUUUGGUGAAGAAGAGGAUAUCCUGGAACGAAGGAAGAAGGUGAAACAUCCAUUUGCUGUUUUUUUCCAUUUAAUAUUCCGAAGUGCAUCCGUUGUUGCUUAUCUCUUUUGUGGUUGGUUCAGUUCAAGCUUUAUUGCAAGUUUUGUUGUCAUUGUCAUCUUUUUAUCCAUGGAUUUCUGGACUGUGAAAAAUAUUACAGGUCGAUUGUUAGUAGGUCUCCGGUGGUGGAACUAUAUUGAUGAAAGUGGUGCAAGCCAUUGGGUGUAUGAGUCUCGUAAGGGAUCUUCCAAAAGCAAAGUAACAGCUGUGGAAUCCAGAGUGUUCUGGUUGUCUCUUGUAUCUUGCCAAAUAAUAUGGAUUGUGCUAUUUUUUGGAACUAUCUUCACACUCAACUUUGAGUGGUUUAUGGUUGUGAUUGUUGGUAUUGUAAUGAAUGGUGCUAAUCUUUAUGGAUAUAUCCGGUGUAAAAUUGGUGCCAAGAAGUCCCUGCGAAGUGUAGCUUCCAAUUUCUUAGGACAACAUAUUCUACAAACAUUGAAAGGUUCAGUAACAAGCACUACAGAAACUACAUCAGAAAAUAUGAAUGAGAAGCCAUCCGAGCCCAAAUUUUCAAUCUGAUCCCGGAAUACUGUUUACCUGAGAAGGCCUUACAAACCACUUCCAUUUAUGUGAUCAUGCCAGGACUUCAUAGAACCUUUUACUUGUAUAUAUUCGUUUUUGUUUUCUUUGGCAGGCUGGACAAAAAGCCGAUCCAUUCUAAAUUUGAAAUGGAUUUUUGUUCUAUUAACAUAGAAUUUUGACCAUAUUCAUAUUUAAAGUUGAUUAUAUAUGCAUGUGAAUGACUAUUUGUUUGAAUAUAUGAAUGGAUGUAUGUAUAAAUGUAUGUUUGUGUAUGAAUUGAUAUGUGUGUGUAUAAAUAUGUGUGUAUAUGCAUAUGGAUAUAAAUUGUAUAAUUUAUGUAUUUAUGAUUGAAGUACAUUAUCUGUUUCUGUUUUGUUUUUAACUGAACUGCUUUUCAGUUUAACUUCUUAUUUGGUUGCAUAUUAACACAUCACAUUCCUUCAUGUUAUUUAAACUGUUGUUUCUUGCGCUCAUGGUACCCACAUUUGGCCCUGCCCUGUAAAAAACAAUAACACUUCCCAUUUCAGUAUAUUAUUGAACUGUUGUAAUCUUUUUGAUGCAAUUCAACAGACAGUGUUGCAGUUGGCCAAGGUGGUAGUGUUCCAGCCUAAACACAUUGUUGUAUUCAAGUCUUGUCCUAUUUGAUUUCAAGUUCAACUCUUGUCAUAGUUUACUUGACUUUUAUCUUCCUGGGUACAAGAAAUAAAAUAUAUAAAUAAAAGAAUGGUUCAGAUUGCACCACUGUUGCAAUUUAUCCAAUUAACUGUUCUUAGAUGUUAUCAAUGUCACUUCUUAAGGUGGCAAGCUGACAGAAUUGUUAAUAUUCUAGACAAAAUGCUUAGUUGCAUUUCAUUCGUCUUUACAAUCUGGGUUCAAAUUCUGCAGAGGCCAACUUUGCCUUUCAUUCUUUUGGGGUUAAUAAAAUAUCAGUUGAGAACUGGGGUCCAUGUAAUUGCCCACCCCUGUAAUUUUAGGCUUUGUGCCUAUAGCAGAAAGAAUGUUUUCAUGUUCUUUAGAUGAGGUGAUAAUCAUGAUUACCCAUCAUAUUAUAUGCCUCUUUAACAUUUCAAAAUGCUUGAGAUACUACUGUCAACACUAUCAGUCAGUGGUAGUAAUAACAGUAAAUUGUCAUAAAGAAGACUACUUUUUUUUUUUUAUGAAUCAGUUGUCAGGAGUUCAAGAUCUUCUCUUUGGUGUUAUAAUUGAUGUUUUUCCUGAUCAUAUUUCACUACAUUGUUUCUUGAAUGAAAGUCAGACAUCUCUGAAAGACAUUCUCCAAAUAAAAACCUGAUAUCAUUUGCUGAUAAAGCAAGUGAUGUAACCUUUUCAUUCACUAUUUUGACCAUUCUGGUUGCAAUAGACUUAAAUAUUGUGUCAUAUUGAAUGGUAUGUUAUCUGAUGUGAUAUAUCAACCCCUAUUUUGUGGGCAUAUUUUUCUUCUAAUUUUAUCCAAGUCAAAUAUUUCUAGAGCUUUCAUACAAAAAGAUGUAUGCAAAAUAUAUUAUUAAAGAAAAAGAGGAUGUCUUUUAGUUUGAAUAAAUUAUCUUAAAACAACUGACUUAAGUACAUCACUGUUAUUUAUUUUAGUGACCUUAGUGUGAUAUCAUAAAAUAAUUAAGCUGGUAAUCUCUACCGAAACAUGUCCAUGAAGAGUAAGAAAGUGAAAACUCAGACAAAAAACAGCGAGUAAAAAACAAACAUCUUUAUACAGAAUAAAUGCUCAGCUUUCACUGUUUUGUACAUCAGUUUCUUUUGGGUGCCGGAAAUCUUCCCAAGGAUGUUCUGGUUUGUCAAAUCCAACUGACUUCAACCAUUUUGGAUAGAAUUGCAUGAAAGUCUUGAAGGAUUCUUUAAAAUAGGUGGUUUUGAAAUAUAAAUCAACCACAUUUUUCUGUUCCUGGGAUGUACACAAAAGGAAAAUGUAAUUUGAAGUAAUCACACAAUAAAACUGGAACAAUUAAGUUUUCUGCUAUUUUAUGUAAGUGAAUUAAAUUAUAAGAAAAUAAAAUGGAGAUGAAAAAAUAUGGUUUAA